GGGCCCCCAGUUCGCCUCUUGUCUCAUCUUCUUGGAGAGUUUAAAGAGGGGAUCGUCGUUGACACCCUGCCCAAAACUCUCCGGGAGGCCGUGGAACUGUCAAGAGAAGUGGGCUUUGAGUAUCUCUGGAUCGAUUCCCUUUGCAUCAUCCAGGACUCCGAGGAGGAUUGGAGUCGCGAAGCAAGCCAAAUGAGCGACGUUUACGGCAAUUCUUAUUGCAAUAUCGCUGCUACUCACUCGCAGGAUUGCCACGACGGCCUUUUCUUCCCGGAUCGUAACCCAGGGUUGCUCGGUCCAAUUUUUGUUCAAUCAUCCUGGGAUGGGUUAGAACCAUCCCGAAUUGGACUGUGGGACCCUGGCAUCUUCGUCAAGGCUGUUGAAAAAGCACAUCUGAAUAAGAGGGGAUGGGUUCUACAAGAAAGAUUCCUGUCGCCUAGGACGAUUCACUUCGCUAAGGAUCAACUCUUCUGGGAAUGCUAUGGCGGUAUAACCUGCGAAGUCUACCCCGAAGGCCUCAUGCCCGGUUACAACCUUAUGUCAUUGCCUAAGCAACGACUUAGAUCUCGGCGACAGUCCAUUACCGACUCCAGUGGGCUGGGGCAGCUCACGUCGGCGAAUAUUCUCUCAUACUGGUCGGCACUCUUGAAGAUGUACUCUGCCACCAACUUGACUAAGGAAGAAGACACGCUACCAGCUAUUUCCGGCAUAGCUAGAAGGAUCGCUGACAGCGAUGAUUCUCAAAAAUAUGUUGUUGGGUUGUGGACAAACCAUCUUCCUUCACAGCUUCUCUGGGCACUCAACGUUCCCGGGAAGAGAACGGCGAGUUACCUUGGACCUUCCUGGUCCUGGGUGUCAGUCAGCGGC